CGUCAGCGGAGGCAAGCCCGCCCACGCUGCUCGACCACCUCAGAGCUCGCGACUUUCACUGCCAACCCAUUGCGUCGCACGACAUUGGCAAAGCGUUUUAUUGACUCGGUGAGGGACUGGAGACGGAGUCCAGAUUGAAUAACGACCAGACGAACCGUCUCGACGACUGUGCCGCACGUGGGAAGCGAUUACGACAACUUGAUCCUUCCGCAUAUCCACCCACCUCCAUAUAUGCUGUCGAGACUCUCUUUGGUGGCACGCGGUCUGGCUAGAAAGGAGCGGCGAAUUUCUUUCACCUCUGAAUUGCACAACGACAAAGCAAUGCGCGACCAACGAGAAGACCUAUGAGCUCCGUGAUUGGAGACGCCCACGAAGGUGGCAGCAAUGAGGAUGUGGAAGCGGACGAGUCGACCAGAGACGCCGAGGCAAGGAUAGAGACCGGCCAAGAGGAGGAUAACGAAGACGUGGAGUAUGGAGACUUCGAAGAGCCUUUGCCGCGUGAAGAGGUCCUAGCAGUAGAAGAAGGUGUGCUGCCAGAGCCUGGGGAUGAACAUGCGGACGCGGACACUACGGGAGCUGUGGACGAUGCUGGAGAUCAAGACUAUGCGCAGCUGGAGAAUGGACAGGACAGCAGUGUUGCAGGAGAGGAUGCAGAUGCUGGUCCAAGCACACCAAUAGCGAAGGGGAGUCCGUUGGGCAGCCCUCUCGACUCUGGGUCGAUACCCGAUGAUACUCCUUCGCGAGCUGGCUCAGUUGCUUCUACCGCACGCGAUGCGUCGCCAAUGCCACGACGGCCGUCGCAGCGCAAAGUCGUGCCAAGGACCCCUUCAGGCGCGUUGCAACCAUUCGAGAGACGAUUCGAGACCAGGCUAUCGUCAGCACCUGCUUCGCCAAGAGCACAGUCCCCAGCAUUCUUGAGCCCACAUUCGCGGCAGAUCUCCAUUUCGUCUCAGCUCUCUGGUAUCUCUUCGGAUGCUGGUGAUUCUGCUACUGACACUCCACAAGCGCCAUGGGAUGUGAUACGAUGGACGAAGCUGCGCAAACUUACGGGCCAAGCCUUCUCUGAAAGUGGCAAGCGAAGUUUUGGACGUCCGACGUGUUCGGCUGUGUCGGCUCUGAUUGCUGUAGGCACUUCUAAGGGUCUGGUUCUGGGUUUCGACUAUCAUCAGACUCUCAAAAUCAUUAUUGGUCCUGGCACUAAGGCAACGGAAUGUGGCUCUGUCACAUCUCUGGCAAUAGCUGCAGACUAUUCGACGAUCGCGAGUGGCCAUGCGAACGGGUCUAUCUUCACUUGGGAGGUUAGCAGACCUUCGAGGCCGUUUCUCCAUGUACCACCUCUCGAUAGGAGCGUCCUCCGGGAGCGGGCCCAUCCCGAUGGACACUUAGAGGAUUCUGCCAUCUUGCACGUAGGCUUCCUCGGCACUCGCCAUACUGCGCUUGCCUCUGCCGAUGCGGGCGGCAUGGCCUUCUCUCAUCUGGCCACAAGAGGACUUGGUGCAGUAACUAGAUCGAUCAAAACGACGCGGCUCCUAGGACGUUAUCCUCCAGCUAGCCCACAGGAGGAACGAACGCGAAAACCUAGUUCCGUUCUCGCCUUCUCGCCUCUGCCGCUCGGUAAUAUCGAGCAGGCUACCGAUUCUAUGGGUCUGACGGCGCUUCUCACACCCUAUCUGCUUGUCAUUGUAUCGACUACGCCGAUUGCUCAGACCCAGCACAAAUCUCCCAGACCAAAGGACGUCACUCCACACAGCACUUUGAGCGGCUGUCUAGCCUGGUUUCCAGCCGUCAAGCUCAAAAGCUCCAGUGCCGACGCAGAGAAAGGCACAUCGGACACUAAGCUAGUAUAUUGCUGGUCGAAUGUGUUGACGGUUCUGGACGUCAAAAUCGUGGAAGCCAAGGAGGAGGACAAACAAAAACCUCCGACGCUCGAGUUCCAUGCUAGAAGUCGGUGGCGAGCGGAUGAAGCCAUUGUCGCUGUUCAAUGGCUAAGUCGUUCCGUGCUCGGAGUAUUAACCAUAAGCCAGAGACUGCUCAUUGUUGAAGAUGGCACUUUGCAAGUCACGGACUCCAUCGAUCUGCUCCACAGGCAUAUCUAUCACCAAGACUUAUUCUCACAUCAGCUACAGAGUGUGGUAGAACGACUCGACUCAGAAGACCCGUCACUCCACGGGGUCAUUGCGGAUGCAUUCUACAUGAGCUUCAAGGCCUACAAAGGGCGCACUUUCCUUCUUGGCUUCAAUGAUCUCACUGUAGGCACACUUUCGAAUUGGGCCGACAGACUAAUGGCUCUCAUGGAAAACGGCGACCACAUCAAUGCUAUUCGACUCGCGACAGAAUACUAUACCGGAGGAGCCAACAAUGUCGUUAUCGGUCUGCCAGAGGCCGACGCUGCCAGACAUGAAGUCGUCAGAGAGCGCUUAUUGGCAAUGAUAUCCGCGUCGCUUAAUUACACUUUUGCGCAACAAGAUGAAGACAGGAAUAUCAGGCUGAAGGAGUUGGCUGAGGUGUGUUUUGAGGCAUGCGUGGCCAUGAAGGAGCUGGACUAUCUCUGCGCCACGGUAUUUGAGAUCUUCGAGGAGUCAGAUGAAGAAGACGUCUUUAUUGCAACGCUCGAGCCAUAUGUGCUCGACGGUGAGCUAACCGGCCUUCCGCCAGCCGUCGUUGCUGCAACAGUCACAUACUUCAUCGGCGAAAAUCAGGCAGCACGUUUGGAGGAGCUGCUCAUCCGAUUGGACCCGCAUUCUUUCGACCUGGACCAAGUCACGAUGCUAUGUCGACAGCACAGCCUGUACGAUGCAUUGAUCUACGUAUGGACACAAGCGAUUCGGGACUAUGUUUCGCCAUUGAUCGACUUGUUGUCGCUUAUGAUGAUGAUCCAAGAAGGGGAUGAAGAGGAAGUGCGCCUCGACCACCCUUUCUAUGCCCCAGCGAUGAAGACAUACGCAUAUUUGGCGUACUCCCUGACAGGGCGACGCUAUCCGAGUGGCGAUUUCAUGGACGAUGACGAAGCCUACCGCGCGAGGAUGGACUUGUAUGAGUAUCUUUUUUCUGGGACAGCUGUGGCGUGGCCACCAGGAACCAAGAAGAUCCUUCACACCACGCAAAACAGAUCCGAGGAGCCAGCGUUUCCAUACCUGGAUCUGCUUCUGCAAUUCGACGCUGCUAGCUUCAUGAGCAUGCUGAAUGAGGCAUUUGAGGAUCCUUUUCUGAAUGAGAACGACGAGGAAGCCGCUGUGAAUGGAACGAAUCAUUCAAAUGGCGUUUUGAGCAAGAAGAAAAGCAGACAGCAAAUCAUUGAAAUCAUGCUGGACGUGAUGCGACAAGGUGAAUUCGAUCCCGAGCAAGUCGUGUACUUGGACAUGUUUGUCGCACGAAGCAUGUCGAAGUAUCCAGGUCAGCUCAUUCUGACUGGCACUUUGCUCAACGGCACACUACAACGCUUGUGCCGGCCACCUCUUGAGUCACUGCGUGAUGAUUGUCAGCUCAGUGUGGAGUACUUGUUGUCGGUAUAUCACCCAGCGAAUACUGCAGCUCUCAUCGAAGCAUUGCGGCACGCGAAAUUCUUUCGCGUGUUGAAGACGGUCUAUCGUGGAGAGAGGAUGCUGACCGAGCUGUUAUCAACUUACUUCGAGGAUCCGGAAGACAAGGAGCAUGUGUUCGAUUGCAUCACUUUCUGCCUUCGAGAAGUUCCCGGCUUGACACCGAAAGAGAGCGCUGCAAUCAAAGGGCUCAUCGCUGAGCACGUGCAAGACCUAGCAGACAUCGAUAUCGUGGCGGCAUCGCGCACUUUAGCAACAACCGCCGCGGAUCUGCUGCAAACGAGUGUAGAUACUCUGUCCGACUCGUAUCAGCAGUUCUUGUUUCUGCGAACCCUUUUGGAGCCUGCAUUGCAAAGAGACCAGCGUGUGACCACAUCGCCGUUGGCUCAGGACCGGCAAGCUGCUUUUACUGAGCAGUAUGUACGCCUCAUGUGUCAGCACGAGCCGCUACAUGUAGCCGAUUACAUCAAAACCUUAUCGACGAGCGAUCUCCGCCUCGAGCAGGUUCUACCAGCAAUGGAGAAGUUGGGUGUCAUUGAUGCCGCGGUAGCUUUGCUCGCACGGGAUGGUCUUGCACGAGAUGCCAUGGACCGACUCGUUUCCCACAUGCAAAGUUUGCAGCAUGCUUUGGCAAGUUUGCUCCACUCAGCAGCCACGAAUGUACAGAUCACUCCGGCACAAGACACAUGCGACGAACUUGUGGAGGACCUCGAAAAGUACACCAAAGUGGGCAUUUGGUUAUGCCAAGGGCAAAAAUCGACCGCGAUCCGUACGCCACGUCCGAGAACCAAUUUGGCCUGGGAAAUCGACGAAAACGACCUUGACAUGGACGAGUUCUUGUGGUUGAACCUUGUCGAUGCCAUCGUGCAAGUGAGCCAGAAUGUAGGCGCUGCCGCAAGCCAUUACAAUCGCCAUCCUGCCGCACAUGAGCCGGAUAGCUUCGACACGAACAAACUUGCAUCAUCACUACGAUCGAAUGUGCAGCGGACCUUCACAGCUCUGUUAGCUGCCACUGCAACACCGGAUGUCCGAACAGGCUCCAACACCAUUACCUCAACCAAGCAGUCCGCCCCAAAUCACCUCAGCUUUCUUCGUAUUCUCCGCGCCUUCCUCAGCCGCGCCUCCAGAUUCGCACCGUCGCUGUCCGAACUUCGCGCCGUUCUCGCCGACAUCUUCUCUGCCUACACAUUUGAACAGAGCGUCCUCGAACUUGCACACGGCCUCCUGGGCGCAGACGUUUUCGCCGAAAUCGACGAAGUUGUUACGCUCCGCCAACGCGGGUGGCGGCCUCGCACCCAAGUCUGCGAACAUUGUAAGCGUCGCGCUUGGGGUCCCGGAUCAGGCGAGAUCGUUUGGGAUGAGUGGGUGCUGAAGGAACAGGAACGAGAAGUGGAGAAAGCGAGAAAGGUCCUGGAACGAGGCGGUGGAGAACAGGCGAGAAGGCUGUCGAGAGGGAAAAGGAAGAUGUCAGUGCCUACCACGCCUGGGGUUGGACCUGUUCCGGACGAGGAGGAAAGGAAGAAGCUGAGUUUGGUGGUCUUCGCCUGCAGGCAUGUUUUUCAUCGGGUCUGUCUCGAUGGAGAGGGGAGAGAAGGUGGCGCAGGAUUCCUGGCGGCAGGCAGUGGCGGGGGAAGAUUGGGACUUACAGCUGCGGCAACGGUGGGAAGAAGAGAGAUGUAUAAAUGCCCGAUUUGUGUAGAAUCGUAGUAGGGACAAUGUGAACAGAAGUAUUGCCAUUCCG